UGCUCUGCGAUCUCUAUUCUACAGAAAUAAUAAUGCCUAACAUGAUAUGGUCGGCGGGUCGCACCGCUGAGGCGAUACGCACCGCGGCCGUCGCGUGUCUGUGCUCCGCGCUGCAGGACAGCCCUCAGGACGAGCGCAUCCGGGCCGAGAACGGUGGAGAUGGCGACACCGUCGAUAAGGAAGUAAACCUUUUUCCCACAAAAGAAUCCUUGGAACCGUUUUUGGACGAAAUGGUGCCGCUCCUCAUGGGUCUGGUGGAGGACAACUCGACGUUGACGAGACAGCACACUCUGCGUGCCGUGUGCUGCCUCGCGACUUUAGCCCGCCAACGCGGCUGCUUUACAGCGGAUAUAUUGAAUAAAAUGUAUUUCGGUACGUUUCGUGGAAACGUGGCGAUUAAUUAAUAUCGAUUGUAAUUUUUAAAGUUAUCAGGCUAAAGUGGCAAUGGGCCGGCCACAUCUGUCGAGCUAGCGACGCUGGGUGGGAUGUGUAGACGAAUUCACAGCCCACCUGGUGUUAAGUGGUUACUGGAGCCCAUAGACAUCUACAACGUAAAUGCCGCCAUCUACCUUGAGAUAUAAGUUCUAAGGUCUCAAGUAUAGUUACAACGUGUGCCCCACCCUUCAAACCGAAACGGAUUACUGCUUCACAGCAGAAAUAGACAGGGUGGUGGAACAUACCGGUGCGGACUCACAAGAGGUCCUACCACCAGUACAUCCUUUUCAUCUCACGUCUAUGAAAUGCUGGAUGGUUUUUCUCAGCGAAAAAACCAUCAUCAUUCACAUCCUCCUUGUCCCAGUCACCUGGGAUCGGCGCAACGUGUUUUCUCCUUCCAUACUCCUCUAUCAUAUACAAUUUCUUCGCUUACUCCCCUCUUACACAUAAUAUCGUCUUUCACGCAAUACAUCCAUUUCUUCUUAGGUCUACCUCUUCCUCUAAACCAUCCGGCCAUCCGGCUAUGGGAUGAGCUCCCCUCCACGGUGUAUUCCGAGCGCUAUGACAUGUCCUUCUUCAAAUGAGGCUUGUAGAGAGUAUUAAGCGGUAGACAGCGGCUUGGCUCUGCCCCUGGCAUUGCUGAAGUCCAUGGGGAUGGUAACCACUCACCAUCAGGUGGGCCGUAUGCUCGU